UUGACGCCCUCGGUACCAAACUACAAUAGUCAAAUUAAAAUCAGCCUUCCUCCUUUCGUUUGUUUUUGUAAAUUGUAUUACGUUUAUUACAUGCAAACGUAGAAUGUAUCGUUUCGUUUUUUUCAUUAUUAUGACGUAAGCUGCACCAUGUAAUACAGCUUCACCAUUCCACAGCGACGAAACUGCAGAUACGGAACAACAACUGUUUUUUACCUAAACGUCUACGUGACGGCUAACGCUAGCAUAACAAGUCGCUGUGAAACGAAUAUUUAGCAAUAAAACGUAAAGUAGUCAACGCCACGGCGACGUCGCGCAGACUCGAUUUGACGGUAAGGCCCGAAACAAAAUGAGGAAAGAGGAAGAAAAGCAGGAUAAUGACAUUAAAAGGUGCAUUUCCGGUCUUAUAGUGGUAGUAUUCGAAGCUAUACCGGAAGUAGCCUGAAUUACCCGAAAGUGGGCUUUUCUCCUGAAGGUGGUGACAAAACACAGAAGAAGCUCAUUUAAAUAGUGAGGUAAGACUUUGAAAUGAAAAAAAUAUUUCCCAAUCAAUCGUUGUUGUCUAAUCCUCAUACUUUGCUGUUAGAGCAUGCGUUAUUUAAACUUGCACUAUUUAAAAAUUAGGUUGGGGGAAAAGGUUAUAUUACUAUGGGAAUAAAGUCAUAAUAUUAUGGGAAUAAAAUAAUAUUACGAGAAGACAAUUUAUAAAGUUUAUGUAAGUACAAAGUUUAAAUAUUGGAAAAUAUGGAAAAUUAAAAGAAAAUGAGGGGGGCGAAGCAAAUAACAUAUAUUAAUAAUAAAGUGAUAAUAUGACCGAAAUAAUGUCAUAAUGUUAAUAAAAUUUGGAAUAAAAUCAUAAUAUUACAAGAAAAUUCACAAGAAAAAUGUUUAAUUAUUUGGAUUUUUUAUUUUAAAAAAACAGCAGAAAUUGGGAAAAAGCUGUAAUUUAACACAAAUAAAGUAAUAUUCUAAUGAGAAAAAAAGUUGCAAUUUUAGGAGAAUAAACUCGUAAUAUCAUGAGGGGAGAUAAUGUUAAUUUAGAAGCAUAGACUUAAAAUAUUACAGAAAAAAAGUCGUAAUUUUUGGAAAAUUUGGUUGGAGAAAAAGUUAUAUUAUUAUGGGAAUAAAGUUAAAAUAUUAUGGGAAUAAAAUAACGACAAGAAAAUUUACCACAGAAAAUGUCAUUGAAAACUGUAGUGACGGCUUAAACCCAACAGAUGGCGACAAAGAUCGGUAGAUGGCUCACAGGCCAGUUGUAUGGAUUGCCAUAGAUUUCGAAACCCCCUGGUGUAAAGCCGUCUGCAACUGUUUUCACAGGUGGCGAUUGCACUAAUGGAAAUUUAAACAAAAAGUGGUGAAGUAUGCACUGCUGUGUGUACAUUUCAUUGACUAAAUAUGUGCUAAAAUACCUUCAUCUUUUGCUCAGAGCCAGCUACUUAUCACUUCUCAGGUAACUGACACGACUUCCUUCUCAUUCAUCCCGCAGCAACACUGUGAUUUUACACAGUCGGGCGCCGAGCGUCUACUAUGGGGAAGCAUAGAGUGAGUUGUUCCACUGCGCGAAACUGGACGGUCAUUGGAUAAAUGCUGAGCUUUGCCCCGCCCAUCGGACUCUCAGCGUCUCUGGGUGUCUUUGGGGCAGUGGGCCGGCCCGGACGCUCGGCUUUCUGGAUGAUGAUUGGAUGAUCCGUCUGAGGCGAAAUCCCUUUUUGAUUGACAGUGAGAUGAGCGAAACAGCGAUCUUAAAAAGUUCAUCCCCGUCUCUGAGCUACGAUGUUUCCGUCCACCCUGAAGCGCAUUGGCAGGCAGCUGGUGCGUGUCAAAGUGGUGGACUGCUCCUGCGACAACACCCGGCUGGCGCGAUGCCUCGACACUUACGACCUGGUGGCACUGGGCGUCGGUAGCACGCUGGGCGCCGGCGUAUACGUGGUGACCGGCGCGGUGACCAAAAACAUUUCCGGACCUGCCGUAGUGGUCUCCUUCCUGAUAGCGGCCAUAGCGGCCGUCAUGGCCGGGCUGUGCUAUGCCGAAUUUGGCGCCCGCGUCCCCAAAACGGGCUCAGCGUACCUGUACAGUUACGUCACGGCCGGAGAGCUGCUGGCCUUCAUCACCGGGUGGAACCUCCUCGUCUCUUAUGCCAUCGGGACCUCCAGCGUGGCCAAAACGUGGGCCUCCACCUUUGACGCCCUCAUCGGGAACAGCAUCGAGGCCUGGAGCAAGACACACAUUCCCAUGAACGCGCCUAACGUCCUGGCGGAGUACCCGGACUUAUUUGCAGUCUUGAUCGUCAUGAUUCUGACAGGUCUGCUGGGCUUUGGCGUGAAGGAGUCGGCCGUGGUGACCAAAGCGUUCACCACCAUCAACGUCACGGUGUUGGUGUUUGUCAUGAUCUCAGGCUGCAUCAAAGGAGACAGGAAGAACUGGAACCUGAACACCGACGACAUCAUCAGUAACGCCACCGAGGGAACGAAUAAAACAGCUUUAAAGGAAAGUCUGGGGGAAGGAGGCUUCUUGCCUUUCGGCUGGGAGGGGAUCGUCUCGGGGGCCGCCACGUGUUUCUACGCAUUCAUAGGCUUUGAAUGCAUCACCACCGCAGGUGAGGAGGUGAAGAACCCCCAGAAGGCCAUCCCCAUCAGCAUCGUCACCUCGCUGCUCAUCUGCUUUUUGGUCUACAUCGGCGUGUCGGCCGCCCUCAUCUCCAUGGUUCCGUACUACCGGCUGGACGAGUACAGCCCCCUGCCCGUGGCCUUCACUGACGUGGGCUGGGUGGGCGCCACCUAUGGCGUGGCCGCCGGCUCGCUGUGCGCCUUGUCCACCAGUCUACUUGGCGCCAUGUUCCCAAUGCCCCGAGUCAUGUGGGCCAUGGCAGAGGACGGCCUCCUCUUCAAAUGUUUCGCCACGGUCAACGACCGCACCAAAACGCCUCUUGUGGCGACCAUAACUUCUGGUGUCAUAGCAGGGGUGAUGGCGAUGCUCUUUGACCUGAAGGACCUGGUUGACCUCAUGUCCAUCGGUACUCUGCUGGCUUACACGCUGGUAGCGGCCUGCGUGCUGGUGCUCAGGUACCAGCCCGAGCGCAGCCUGACCGGCGAGGAGGAAGAUGAAGACCAGGCCAACCGGAACCGCCAGCAUCAGCAACCCCUCACCUGCGGGAAAUUGAUCCUCUGCGCUGGGACAGAACCGACCCGCUUGUCUGGGAUGGUGGUCAUCAUUUGCACCUUCAUGCUCGGUCUUUUGGCGUUGGUCUUCAGCGUGGUCGGCCUCAUGUGUGGGAAAACGCUGUGGUCGCUGGCCGUGCAGGUUUUCACCAUGUCGGUGUGGUUGGCCGUCGCCUUGGUGGUGUGCGUGCAGCCGCAGAACAAGGCCGAGCUGUCCUUCAAGGUGCCGCUGGUGCCGUUAGUCCCCAUGGUUAGCAUGCUGAUCAACACCUUCCUGAUGAUACAGCUCAUGAAAGGACCCUGGGUGCACUACACUUGCUGUAUGGUUUUAGGUUUGCUUAUGUACUUAGGCUACGGCUUCCGAAACAGCUCAGGGGCGGAGGAAAAGAAGGCCGACAUAUAUGAAAUGUCCAAAUUUCACGCCGAGUUGGGUGCCACCCAACAGGACAUCUGAGGACAUCCAGUGGUAUUCACUAGUGUGUUUGUGUGUGUUUGUGUGUGUGUGACACAGGUGGUUUGUUUGCCAAUGCUUUCUGAUGGAGCUUUUGUACUGUCGAUCCCCGCUUUUGUCCAUACUGAGCUAGCAAGCUUGUUUCACUGUGUACUGGCGUACGCCAUCGCUCACGCGCCCAUAUCAUCUCAGCCGAUGUUAUCGGACAUCCCUGUAAUUUUAGGACCAAAAAUCUGCUUUUCCACGACUCAUAAACAAAGCAGAAUUUUUUUUUUUUACUUUGAGCCAUCUGUUACACUUUCACUGAAGUAGAUUUAUUCGCUAUUUGUUAUAUUGUUCUUACAUUUCUCAUUUUCUUUAUUUUACUAUUUGAAGUGCUAUAUAAAUGUGAUUAAUUAUUAGGGAUGUCCGAUCCGCUGUAUUUGUGAAGAUCGGAUAACAUCGGCUUCCACCACGAGAUCAGACCAAUCCGGUUGCCGUAUCACAUUCGUAACUCUGAGCCACACUCCAACACGGUAGGUGCUGUAAUGCGCCUCAAAGCUGGUUGCCACUCGACUCGCGCCACCCGCAAGAAAAAGAAAAGGCAACACCACCAUGCAGACAUGUCCGCAGUGUACCGUGGUGAAGUUAGUUUCGCUGCAUAUUCGGCUCCGUAGCCACAGCAGCAGUUCCCUCUCACUCUGCCCAGACUGCUGCGUUAUGGUGUUGGGAGCUCGCACAGGAAGUGACGCUCUACCCGCUGGUUUCUUAUAAUAGGGACCGCACAAACACUACUAAUCAUGUCGAAACGGUGGCGAAAACCUUGGAAACUCCUGUUACGGAGCGUGAAUGGAAGCUAGCAGGGUUCGCUUAGUUUAGCUAGUGCAGCUGUGUGUGUGUGUGUGUGUGUGUGUGUGCGUGUAGGUGUGUGUGCGUGCGUGCGUGCGUGCGUGCGUGCGUGCGUGCGUGCGUGCGUGCGACUCAGGCUGGGUGAGUACAUCUGUGACUACAUCUUCCUUAAGCACAAGCACGGGCAUUACAGUUUGUUGAAGAUUUUGUAGCAAUAUGUGCUGAGGCUGACAUCCCAUUAAAAAGUUAGCUAAGCUACAUCCAUUUCUCAGUGACUGGACAAAAAAAAAUUCAAAAAAAUGUAAACAGAAUUUGGGAAAAAAAAUAAAAGGCCCUAAGAGUUUGUUUAAAAAAGUCAUAUAUUCUAAAUCACACCACAAAUUGAUAUAUAACCAUGUCAAAUGAUUAGUCCUACCCGAAAAGUAUUUUGCACGGCAAUUUUUUCCAAUUUGAUCUUUUAUUGGAUCUUUUAUUGGAUUAGGGACCUGACUCACAGAGGUUUGUUACAAACCAGCUCAGUUCAGCUACUUUGGUUGCAUUAUUUUUAAUGCUUUGAAGAGCUAUUUUCAUAACCAUAUUCAAUUCCACAAAUUCAUGUUUGUAACAAAAGUUCAUUAUUAUUAAAAAAAACAAACAAAAAAAGAUCGGUACCGGAUAGGAUCGGCAAGACUAUAAAAAAAACGAAUCGGAUCGGAAGCCAAAAAAUGUGGCUUGACACGUCCCUAUUUUUUAUUAUAUAAAUAGUUUCCA